ACGUAGUUCAGCGGAACCACCAAAAUACAGAGACUGAAGCUUUUGGUCUAGGCAUUCUCCAACAAAAUGUACAACACUUUCCAGUUCGGAGGGGCAGGACUUUGUGGUACUUUGAUUCAGAGAGAAUAAUCUAUUCGUUGGGUUUGAGGAGGAGAUUAUGAGUUUAACACAGGACCCAACACCCAUUGGGGGAGCAUUGCAAAGUCAAGAACAUAAAGCAUCAAGUUUUCAAUUCCAGCCUAGGCAGACCCAAGGGAUUCCUAGAGCACCUGGCUUUCAGCCAAGACAGAUGGGCAGGCCUGGUGGAAAUAUGUCAAGACCAAACAGACCACCAAGGGAACACCAGGGAUUUGUCCCUCACCAAGUGAGGGCAAACCAGAGACCACAAGGCCCCCCUCGUUUCUCCCACUUACCACCCCCUCCACCCCCUCCCCCUAUGGACACUGGAGGCCCAAUGGGACCAAUGCCCAACAUGGUUCCACCUAACAUGAUGGGUCCCCUCCCUCCCCCACCGAUGCCUCCCUUUGCAAUGAUGCCCCCGGCUCCACCUAAUUUACAGAAACCAGUCACUCUAUCUGCCAAGCCUACAACCUAUGCAUCUAAACCAGUUCUGAAUAAGAAGUCCAAGAAGAAAGUGAAGAAAGAAAAGUUAACAGAGUCAAAGGAUGAACCGACAGCUGUAAAAAAAGAAGUGAAGAAGAAUGAAGAACCUGCAGUUCUGUCAAUUGCACCACCAGACCCUUCUGUUCCUCAGGAGCACAAUGUACGUUCCGCGAUGCCCCUACCCCCUCCACCGGCCAUACCACAAGCCUUCAAUCCUGUCCCUACCCCUACAGAUCUCACCCAGGGUGGGGCGUAUGAGCUUGGCACAGCGUCAGAGCCAUUGAAGAAGAAGGAUAAAAAGAAGAAACAUAUCAGAGUAGCUGCGGGUACUACAUGGGAAGAUGAUAGCUUAGCUGAGUGGGACCCCAAUGAUUUUAGGUUAUUUGCAGGUGAUCUUGGCAAUGAGGUAACUGAGGACACACUAACUAAAGUCUUUGGAUCAUACCCUAGCUUCUUAAGAUGCAAGAUCAUUCGUGACAAGAGGACCAAUAAGACAAAAGGCUAUGGAUUUGUUAGCUUCAAGGAUCCUAGAGACUUUGUACAAGCAAUGAAAGACUGGAAUGGAAAAUACGUUGGUAAUCGCCCUAUCAAGCUUCUGAAGAGUACCUGGAAAGAUAGAGACGUCAGUUCCGUCAAGAAGAAACAAAAGGAGAAAGAUAGGCUUGGGCUUCGGUGAUGCAUAUAAACAAGACA